AUGGUGGGAAGUAAAAGAAGGGAAAUAGACGACUACCACUACGUCUUCUCGGCGGACUGUAAACCGUACAUGGAUUGGCAAUCUGCGGCUUUAUAUCAGUCGUGGAUGGAUGUGGGUGCGCCGGGGAAGAUGACUCGGCUGUUGUCCUGCACGGAUGCGGAGUACGAUUCGUACGAGAAUUUACACAUCGUGCCGACGCAUAAAACGCCGGAUUUCAGCCGAGACGACCCGUCGGAUUCGUAUUCCGCGUAUAACUUACCGGGGAGCAUCAAUCAUUGGACGAAAUCGAGCAAUUUUACUCGCUUGAAGUGGGUGGUGAAGUUGGACGCGGAUAUGAUUUUACGAAGACCGUUUACGGUGAGAGAGAUUCCCGCGCGAGUCGGCGUCGUCGCCGGCGGGUACUACGGAUACUUAUCGGGCGUGAAAAACGACAUGGCGAGUAUGUUUGUCGGACCUGCCGUUCGCGAGCGGUUGGCGCAAGUGGGCGGGUGGGAGAUAUUCGCCAGGAGCGAUAUCGCGAAAGCGGCGCCGUUAUGGUUCGAAUACACGAGGAAAGUGAGAAGAGACAAGAGAGUGUGGUGGCCGUAUAACGGUACCGGCGAUUCAUUCAUCACUCAAAAAGCACCGAGACCGUGGAUAUCGGAAAUGUACGGGUACGUCUUUGGCGUCGCGAGCGCCGGGUUGUCGCACAACGUGAACAACGACGUGCAAAUGUACGCCGGAUCGAAACCGUGGAACGAGAAGAGCGCGAAUUCUUUCGUCAUACAUUACGGAUUGAUGAUGAGACAAGGUACGAGUUACGAGUGGGAUAAACACUUUGAAUACGCGAAAUCGGAAACGGAAAAGGAUAAAUUGAAGUGCGGAAAGGCAAACAGAAGAGAGUUGUUCCCGGUGUGCGAUUUGUAUCCCGAAGAUGACGAGUCCAUCGAUAAGUACGAGAGAAACAGAGUAGAGUUGAUGCACGAGUGCGUGUCAAAGAUUAAUCGUGGGAUAUUGUUAGCACGGAAGAGGAAGUGCAUGCCAAAGAGUAGUAGUAGUAGUAGUAGUAGUAGUAGUAGUAGUAGUAGUAGUAGUAACAACGAGGGGGAGGCGGAGAAGAAAAAAGUCAGUCAUAGUCUUAGUCAUAGCAGCAGCGGUAGCGUAAACACGGAGGGCGAUAAAGGGUAUAAACACGCAAGAGUCUCCAUUGGAGGUGGUGAAACUACGCUCGCGCAACAACAAGAUGUGGCGACGAACGAGUUGUGGAAAUACGCCGGCAUUUUAUGGGCUUUGACCUUGUUCGCGAGGAGGGGGAAAGCGUAG